ACCAGCCGCUGUCCGGUCACCGAGACUCGAAGGAAUUCGCUUUCCCGUGCCGUUCGGCGUUGGAAGCCCGACUGGAUCCCACGAAAUAUGGCUGGGCCCUUUUUCGCGAGGGCCGCGCAGGUUAGCACUGCAUAUACAUAGGUGUGCAGCGCGUACAACGUCAAUUAUAAAAAAAACCACCAGAUACCGAAUCCCUAUCCAGAGCGCAACUCCUCACACACAAGUACCAAGCGGACUGAUUUAAUUCGAAGAGUACAUCGUUAUGGGUUCUAUAGCGUAUCCAAAGUCGACGGGGUCGACCACCCCGGCGUGGGAGACCUUGUCUCAAAUACUGCCUCGUCGCGAUGCCGCUAAGAAUUACUGGUGGGAUCUAACCGGCCUACACCUGGCCAUCUUGGUGCACGAGGCCGGCUAUUCGCUAGCUAAGCAGUACGAAGCGCUUCUGUUUCACUACCACUGGACCGUCCCGUAUUUUGGGCCAGGACCAGGACCGAAAGGCGGCCCGGCUGUGUGGACGUCCCUCCUGGGCCCAGAUGGCUCACCCAUAGAAUAUUCGUGGAAGUGGAACGGGGCCAAGGGCGGCCACCCUGCGAUACGCUACAGUAUCGAACCCAUCAGUGAGGCGGCGGGUUCAACCGUAGAUCCUCUGAACCAACAAGCAGCAACGGAGAUGAUCCAUCGACUAGCGGCGCAGGUUCCCGGAGUCGACCUUAAAUGGACCGAUCACUUCUUAGCCACUCUGUUCGACCACGACAAGUCCAAGUAUGCACAGGAGGCUGCCGAGGGCGCUCAUUACACCACGACCUUCAUGCUAGCCGCCGAGUUCGACGAUUCCGGCCUUUCGUUUAAGUCUUAUUUCAUCCCCCGCAAACUCGGCCAGCCCAAGGGCUUGAUACCUUUGCCUCUAUGGAAGGAGUCGCUAGCCCAGCUUCAACCCAAGAAUAACGCCCGCGACCUCGUUUACGACUUCGUCGAGACGAGCGCAGAAGGCAAAAAGCUAGUUCCUAUGAUCCUGGCCGUCGACACGGUCGACACUUCCAAGUCGCGGCUGAAGUUCUACUUCCAGACGGCGAGCACGAGCUUCGCGUCGGCCCGCGAGAUCAUGACGGCGGGCGGGCGCGUGCCGCUGUCGGCGGCGCAGCUGGAGGAGCUCCGGAGCCUGAUCGGGGCGGUGACGGGCACGCCGGACGACUUCCCAGAGGAUGCGCACGUGGAGCGGACGCGCAACUACAACCCGGCGGCGGUGGACAACUUCGUCGAGCUACCGGAGCUGCUGUCGGGCUACAUCUACUACUUCGACAUGGCGCCGACCAGCGCGCGGCCCGACGUCAAGCUGUACGUGCCCACGCGCCACGUCGGGCCCGACGACCUCAGCGUCGCCCGCGCCCUGAUCGCCUGGCUGGAGAAGCGCGGCCGCGCCGCCUACGGCCAGCAGUACAUGAACAUGCUCGAGGGCAUGGCCGCCCACCGCCGCCUCGACCAGGGCAAGGGCCUCCAGACCUACAUCGGCAUCAUGUUCAAGAAGAAUGGAGACCUCGACGUCACGUCCUACCUCGGCGCCGAGGCCUUUGACCCCAUGCGCGUCGCGAGCGCGAUAAGGGGUCCGGCGAGGCCGCCCAGGUAUUCACCAGGCUUCGAUUAAGGGUUGGGAAUCCGGUGGAAAGUGUCAAAGCUGAUGUAUAUGUAUAUGUUGAACAGAGACUCCCUGUCAAAAUAUCGCGCGAGGGCCGCAGGUUAACUCUCGUGCUGUUCUCUGGGUCUCCCAAGCGGUAGUCGCAGUUAGGAGCAGUCCUCGCUUCAAUGACUUCAUUUACAAGUUAUUGGUUCUUAACUAGGCGUGGGGGUUAACCUUCUCGUGAUUAACGACAAAUAGAACUUCUGCCGUUCAAGCAUCUCGGCGAUAUCACAGUUAUUAAGCGAACCGAGAGACAUUUAGGCACCCUGAGAGGGGGUAGUAGGCG